AAGACAAACAGAUCAUUUUAGUUUUGUUAAAAUUGUGCCGUUUCGUAAGUAUAAAAAAAUAACCAUUAUAGGGUUUGAAAGUAAAACGUCAUCCGAACGCGACUUCAAGGGAUUUGUCUCAGCGUGAUCAACCGGUUGCUGAGUUGCCUACAGGGAUUCAAUACAUGGAUUCACUUUCCAGUCCAGUAGUUCUUGGUCUUCUAACUGGAGUGGGCUGCAGUCUUUGCUUGGGAUGGCUGCUCCGUGGUCGGUUUGACAAAUCCCGCAAAGGCGUACUCCCUUCCAUGGAAAACGGGACAGGGAGUGAAACGAGCAUCAUGGGCGAGUCUGGCGAGUUCAAAAUGAUCCUGGUGGUGCGCAAUGAUUUGAAGAUGGGAAAGGGCAAAGUGGCAGCACAGUGCUCCCAUGCUGCUGUGUCUGCAUACAGACAGGUGCAAAGAAGAAACCCAGAACUGCUUAAGCAGUGGGAGUAUUGCGGUCAACCAAAGGUGGUGGUCAAGGUACCGGAUGAAGACAGCUUGAUUGAGAUUUUGGCCAGUGCUAAGGAGCUGGGCCUGCCUGUUAGUUUAAUACAGGACGCUGGGCGCACACAGAUCGCACCUGGUUCUCGUACAGUGUUGGGUGUGGGGCCCGGUCCGGCUGAUCUUGUGGACAAAGUAACUGGACAUCUGAAACUUUACUAAGUUUGCAGUGCUAGUGAAAAAUACAUUGUAUCCUGUUUUUUUUUUUUUUUUUAUUGCUCAGGACUUUUUUUUAAAUGUUUUUCUUUAUUAUUAAAUCAGUUGUCAUUUUUUGUUUUUUUAUUGAUAUUUCACCGGUUUGGCUUUUUUCCUGGUGGCAACAUGUCAAUAUUUGUGAAUUCUAUCAGUCAGAACUUUGCAAGUAUAUUUUGCUGCAGUGCUAUUAAAAGUGUGAAUUUCACCCAGAAA